UGUUGUCAGAACAGCAAACAAGAAAAUGGGUGUUAGCUUCAACACAGCAAAAAAAACAAAACCCAGAAAGACAUGAUUUUGAACACUGCACUUUCCUUUUGUUGGAAGCUUUCUGUCGAUGAUAUCCUGACAGAAACACUCCAUGUCGUUGUGCCUCUUCCUUUCUGUAUACACAACAUGUUUCCCACAUGGCCAUGGGGUUCUGUGUGAUUCAAGGGCUAUUUUGUCAACACAAAGAGCCAUAACUAAGUGUCCUCACUUACUUUCUGGUCUACAGAUAACAAACAUGGAGCGAACAAGUAGCAUUAGGAGAAGAGCCAUGGCAAGACAACAUAAAGCUGAAGUCAUGAUUGCUGGAGAACAGCUCAGGUUGAGGCUUCAUGAUGGGAAACUGAUAAAGGACCGACGCUACCACCUGCGCACAUAUCCUAACUGUUUUGUGGCUCAGGAACUUACAGACUGGCUUGUGAGCCAUAAGGAGGCCCCUGACCGAGUAACUGCUGUGUGCCUAAUGCAGCAUCUCAUUGAUCAAGACAUUGUUCACCACGUGUGUGAUAAAAGGCCUGUCUUCAAGGAUGCUAAACUGCUGUAUCGUUUCCGUACGGAUGAUGGCACAUUUCCCCUCAAUACAGAAGUGAAAAUCUUCAUGAGAGGACAUCGAUUAUAUGAUCAUCUCAUUGGAGACAAGAACUCUAUUCUAGAGCUAAGAGAAGAACAUGGUGUUCAAUAUCAGCGCUCCUUUCCUGGAUGUCAGUUAAUUGACUGGCUGCUUCAGAAUGGAGAGGCAGAGAGCCGGCGUCAGGGAAUAGAGCUGUGCCGGGCAUUGCAGGAGCAUGGCAUCAUUCAACAUGUGACAAAGAAGCGUGACUUUUUUGACAGUGGAUUGCUCUAUCAGUUCUGCAUCAAUUUUCGCCGCCGCCGCCGUCUUUCUGAGCUGUUAAAUGAAAGUGAACAAGACGACGAUGAAAGUGUUGUGGUGGCGACGCCAGGGGACAACCAUACUGAUAGUCCGUUUGUUCUGCGCAAAAGCCAACCUCAGGAGGGCAACAGUGCUUUUCAGUCCGUGGGAUCAAGUAAAGACUUAAAACAGGUUACCAGUGGGCGUCGAGGCAGCUUGAGCUCUCUUCAGCUUCACACAGAUGGAUUUCCACUGCUCGUCCAGCCGUCCUCAGCAUCACUGGUGAGAUAUAAUCCUAAAUCAGUACUUCGAAGACAUUUUACAUGUGAAGAGUUACUAGCACCUGGUGCACCCUUCAUCAAGAAAGUCUUGACGGUGAUAGGAGACGCCCUGGGUUGGGGCUUUGUUAUCAGAGGCAUCUCUCCUGUUUAUGUGCAGGCUGUAGAUCCUGAAAGCCCUGCAGCCACUGCUGGAAUUAAGGCUCGGCAGUUUGUGUGCCAGGUGAAUGGCCAGUGUGUUCUCUACCUGGACUACAAGACAGUCAGAAGAUUGGUGAUGACAGGAACUCGCACUGUCGUACUGGAGGUGAUGGAACCCCUAGAGUGAAAAUAACUGUCUUUUGAGUCUUGCUCUUGAUUUACACACAGACUGGACUAAGUAAUCUUUUUUUCAUAUUGACAAGUCAUGAAUGCAAUAUUUAAGUGUAAUGUGCUUUUGGUUGGGAAACUAAAUAAAAAUGUAAUCU